UGUUGCAUGACGGCGACUUACGCAUGCACUAUGCACACACAUUUUUAUUUAUUUAUUGCAUACAUAUAGCGACAAAACGGGCGAGGUCUAUAAAUAAGGAACAAAUUAAACAUGAAUCAAGCAGAGGAAUAUCGAGCUAAUUAAUAAGCAACUCAUACCACAUAAAUACAUACAUAUCUAUAUGGCGGCGAGGCGGCAGAGAGACGCUCUGGCUGUUGGGCGCGUGAUCGGAGAGGUGCUUGAGCCUUUUACGGGCUCCGUAAACCUCAGGGUGGCUUACGGCGACCGCACCGUCACCAACGGCUGCGAGCUCCGGCCAUCUCUCGUGCUCAACCCGCCGAGGGUCGACAUCGGCGGCCAUGAUCUACGCACUUUCUAUACUCUCGUGAUGGUGGAUCCUGAUGCUCCAAGUCCAAGUGAUCCAAACUUAAGAGAAUACUUGCACUGGUUGGUGACUGACAUUCCAGCGAGCACCGGAGUUAAUUUUGGGCAUGAAAUGGUAUGCUAUGAAAGCCCGCAACCAAUCGUCGGAAUCCACCGCUUCGUAUUCGUACUGUUCCAGCAGAUGGGCCGACAGACCGUUUUCGCCCCGGGUUGGCGCCAAAAUUUCAGCACUCGAGAAUUCGCCGAGGUUCACAACCUCGGUCCACCGGUCGCGGCGAUCUUCUUUAACGGUCAACGAGAGGCGGGCACCGGCGGCAGGCGCCGUCAAUAGGAAAUUCUUUGACUCCGACGUAGUCGUAGUUUAUGUAUGUACCGAUGUACGUGUUGAGAACAAUAAUCCACCGUGCGCGACGGCUAGUUUCCACAAUAAAUAUAAUAAUAAUUCCAAUUAGUGAAAUUUGCACUGACUAAAACAUAAUGACUUUCUUAAUCUAGUACUUAAAUUUUUUUAUUCUUUAAAUAUGACUUAAUAAUGUCUUAGUGUGAGG